UCCGACUGUUUUCCUUCCGGCUCCCAUUGCUUUCUGCCUUGUACAAUGGCUUCUGGAAUGGUGAGGCUGUUCCAGCUUGGGCCUCGGUGCCUCCUGGCGCGAGACGCCCCCACGCUCGUCUUGCCGGUUCGGGGAGUAAAGGGUUUCCGCGCCGCGUUCCGCUUCCAGAAGGAGUUAGAGCGGUGGCGCCUGCUCCGCUGCCCACCGCCACCCGUCCGCCGUUCAGAGAAGCCCAAUUGGGAUUACCAUGCUGAAAUACAAGCUUUUGGACAUCGAUUACAGGAAACCUUUUCCUUAAAUCUUCUCAAAACUGCUUUUGUUAAUAGCUGCUACAUUGCAAGUGAAGAGGCAAAACGGCAAAAUCUUGGAGUCGAGAAAGAAGUUGCUCUUCUGAAUCUCAAAGAUAAUCAAGAACUAUGUGAACAAGGAAUAUCUUUUUCACAAACUUGCCUCACACAGUUUCUUGAAGAUGAGUUCCCACACUUGCCCACUGAAGGCAUCAAAAGUCUAGUUAACUUUCUAACUGGUGAGGAAGUUGUGUGUCACGUGGCUAGAAACUUGGCUGUCGAGCAGUUAACACUGAGUGCAGAAUUUCCAGUCCCCCCACCUGUAUUGCAGCGGACUUUCUUUGCAGUAAUUGGAGCCCUGCUACAAAGCAGCGGACCUGAGAGGACUGCACUUUUCAUCAGGGACUUCUUAAUUACUCAGAUGACUGGAAAAGAUCUAUUUGAUAUGUGGAAGAUAAUAAAUCCUAUGGGACUGCUGGUAGAAGAAUUGAAGAAGAGAAACAUUUCGGCUCCUGAAUCUAGAAUUACUAGGCAGUCUGGAAGCACCACAGCUCUGCCUUUGUAUUUCAUUGGCUUAUACUGUGAUAAAAAAUUGAUUGCAGAAGGACCUGGGGAAACCAUUCUGGUUGCAGAAGAGGAAGCUGCUCGAGUGGCCCUUAGAAAACUUUAUGGAUUCACAGAAAACAGAAGGCCCUGGGACUACUCCAAACCCAAAGAGAACUUAAGAGCAGAGAAGACCAGCUCUGCCAGCUAGCCAGCCGGCAAAACCAUGGGGAAAAUGUCAGAGAUGUUUCCAGCUAAACAUUAAGAUUAUAAAGACAUAGAUCUUCAUACUGUGUUCCUAAAGUUAUAUAAGCAUUCAAGCAGGUCACAGGGAUUUUGAUUUUAAUCUCUGUUUUCCAAGAAAUUUUGAUUAAAGUCCUUGGUUUUAUUGUUGUGUAUAACUUGUACAGAUAGGUAUAUUUUGUUCCCUUCUAGCUUUGAGUUAUUAUAAUUUAAAUAUGUUUGGUGUGGAAACUCUGCUGUAAUACCAAUAAAAAUGUUACUCUUUCAGUGUUA